GUCCCUCCUAUGAGCCAGGGUUUGGUCAGACUCUUGAGCAUCUAGCCCCACUCUCUCUCUCUCUCUGGUCGUCGUGUGGCGAGCGGGCACCAUGGCCCAGAAACUGUACCAUCAGGAGUUCGCCCGAGCGGGCAAGCAGGCUGGGCUGCAGGUGUGGAGGAUCGAGAAGCUGGAGCUGGUGCCGGUGCCCGACAGUGCCUACGGCGACUUCUACGUUGGGGACGCCUACCUGGUGUUGCACACCGUCCGGGCGAGCCGAGGCUUCUUCUACCGCUUGCACUUCUGGCUGGGUGAGCGCGCCCCCAUCGCGCGCAGGUUGGGGAAGGGAGGACGCGGGGAUCCGAGCACCGCAGGCUCAGGGCGUCCUGGCGCUGGCCCUGCGCGCUCGGCGACUCUGGAGGUGACCCGUCUGGUCACUCCCUUCACCUUCUCUGGCUGGUCACUCCCUUCACCUUCUCCUAGCCCGAGUCCACUGCUUUGCUGCUGCAAAUUGGGACGUGCUCAAAGUCGGGAGGAGAUUCACGCCACUGACGUUGACCUUUGGCAAGUCAUUUCCUGGGCUUUAGUUCUUGGGUCUUCUCCCCGACUUCCAGCUCCAAACCCCAACUCCUGCCCUCUGAGGGGCUCUACCUCUGAGCGCGCUGGUGCUGGCCAAGUCCUGUUCACGGUUCCCCAGCAAGUUCAGUCUUGGUUUCUCUGGCAAGGAUGGAGGUGUAUUAAGACAGAAGAUGAUCUAAUCUUGGUCACAUAUGAUAAGAACCUUGAAAGAUAUGCAGAGUGUCUUUGGUUAUGGGAAGCAGAGAAGCCUUCACGGGAACAGGAAGCUGGAGGCGUGGCAUCUGGAUUCAACCAUGUUCUCACCAAUGACCUUUCAGCUAAGAGGCUCCUACAUGUGAAGGGACGGAGAGUGGUCAGGGCCACGGAAGUUCCUCUCAGCUGGGACAGUUUUAACAAGGGCGACUGCUUCAUCAUAGACCUUGGCACCGAAAUUUAUCAGUGGUGUGGCUCCGCAUGCAAUAAAUAUGAACGUCUGAAAGCCAGCCAGGUUGCCACUGGUAUUAGGGACAAUGAACGAAAAGGAAGAUCUCAACUCAUUGUGGUGGAAGAAGGAAGUGAGCCAUCGGAGCUUAUAGAGGUUUUAGGGAGAAAGCCACAGCUUCCAGAUGGAGACAGUGAUGAUGACACCAUAGCAGAUAUGACGAACAGGAAGAUGGCAAAACUGUACAUGGUUUCAGAUGCAAGUGGAUCCAUGAGCGUGACAGUGGUGGCUGAGGAAAACCCCUUCUCCAUGGCUAUGCUGCUUUCUGAAGAAUGCUUUAUUUUGGACCAUGGUGCUGCAAAACAAAUUUUUGUAUGGAAAGGUAAAGAUGCUAAUCCCCAAGAGAGGAAGGCUGCAAUGAAGACAGCGGAAGACUUUCUACAGCAAAUGAACUAUUCCACCCAUACCCAAAUUCAGGUUCUUCCAGAAGGAGGUGAAACACCCCUGUUCAAACAGUUCUUUCGGGAUUGGAAAGAUAAAGAUCAGAGUGAAGGAUUCGGGAAAGUUUAUGUCACCGAGAAAGUGGCUCAAAUACAACAGAUUUCAUUCGAUGCCUCAAAAUUGCACACGUCCCCGCAGAUGGCAGCCAAGCACAGCAUGGUGGAUGACGGUUCAGGCAAAGUGGAGAUUUGGCGUGUGGAAAACAAUGGUAGGGUCCAAAUUGACCAAAAUUCCUAUGGUGAAUUCUAUGGCGGUGACUGCUACAUUAUCCUCUACACUUAUCCCCGAGGACAGAUCAUCUACACUUGGCAAGGAGCCAAUGCCACAAGAGAUGAGCUGACCACGUCUGCGUUCCUCACUGUUCAGCUGGAUCGGUCCCUGGGAGGCCGGGCUGUGCAGGUCAGAGUUUCCCAAGGCAAAGAACCUACUCACCUGCUAAGUUUGUUCAAAGACAAACCACUCAUUAUUUACAAGAAUGGAACAUCAAAGAAGGGAGGGCAAGCACCUGCUCCCCCUACACGUCUCUUCCAAGUACGGAGAAACCUGGCAUCCAUCACCAGGAUUGUGGAGGUCAAUGUGGAUGCAAAUUCAUUGAAUUCCAAUGAUGUCUUUGUCUUAAAACUGCCCCACAACAGUGGCUACAUCUGGAUAGGAAAAGGCGCUAGCCAGGAGGAGGCCAAAGGUGCAGAGUAUGUGGCAAAUGUGCUCAAAUGCAAAACAGCAAGGAUUCAGGAAGGCGAAGAGCCAGAGGAAUUCUGGAGCUCCCUUGGUGGGAAAAAGGAUUAUCAGACUUCACCUCUGCUGGAAACACAGGCUGAAGACCAUCCACCUCGGCUCUAUGGCUGUUCCAACAAAACAGGAAGAUUCAUUAUUGAAGAGGUCCCAGGAGAGUUCACCCAGGAUGAUUUGGCAGAAGACGAUGUCAUGCUACUAGAUGCUUGGGAACAGAUAUUUAUUUGGAUUGGCAAGGAUGCCAAUGAAAUUGAGAAGAAAGAGUCACUGAAAUCUGCCAAAGCAUACCUUGAGACAGACCCUUCAGGAAGAGAUAAGAGGACACCCAUUGUCAUCAUAAAGCAAGGCCAUGAGCCACUCACUUUCACAGGCUGGUUUCUGGGCUGGGAUUCCAGCAGGUGGUAAUCUGAUUUUUUGGAAACAAGCAAACAUCAGAGGCACAUGAGGAGCAAGUGUCUCAUUGUUGUUGAGUGGGGAAAACUUUUUGUCUGUUUGUUUGGCUUUAGAAAUUAGCCUCAGCCAAAUGACUCUUUGCUGCUUCUUUUCAAGGCCUACUAUUGCUUCAAAAUUCUAAAAGGACUUUUCUUGUAUCAACAUAUUGAAAUAACCUAAAAUAGACUCUUAUUAUGCACCAAUGUUAGCUCUCCUGGAGACUGCCUUAUAACUUUAUAUAUGACCUUUCAAAAGCCAAAGACUCUGUAUUAUCUAAGAGAAUUUGUCAGGUAGGAUAUUUUAUAAUUCAGAUUUGUUCUUUACUGUGCCAGAUUCAGAUUUGUUCUUUAUUUGUUCUUUAUUUGUUCUAUGCCAGAGAAGAGAAGAAAGCCUUAACAACUUUCCUCUAUUCUAUGUAUUUUUCUCUUUUCUAUGUAUUGUCUUAAGAAGAAUUGUGUAUUUGUAGUAUGGUUUAUAUUAAGGUGGCUUUAUAAACAUGUUAUUUUCCCUUUUUUGUCCUUUUGACUUUGAUGCCAUUGACAUCUUUCCUCUUCUCUUUUUUCUUCUUUUGUCUUUUUAGGGGAUUUCGAAAGCAGCUCUUCCAUAGUAAAUGGUAUUCUUAAUAGGUUAGCUAUUUGUGUUUGACAGUAAAUGUUUAAUGUCACCAAAAAUGUAAACAGAAAAAAGUCACUGAUGUUAUCUGUCAUCAUUAAAAUGUAUCUUUUGGUAAA